UUACGAAUCUGAUAUAGAUAUAAAGGUACUUGAUAUAGUCAUAAAGCAUCAUUGUAAUCAAGAAAACUGGUCUGCAUUUUGUAAGAGAUAUCCUACUGAAAGGACUCUAAGAAAUGAUGCUAAAAGAGAUAUCUUUAUCAACCUUAUCAAAUUAAACUCUGAAGAAAGUAAAGAGUUAUUUAGAAAGUGGUUAAGAGAAGUUAAGGAAAAUUUCAAUAAAGUAUCUGAGCAAAAUCAAGAAUGCAAGGAGAAAAUUAAGGCACUAAAAGCAGAACAAAAAAUUUGGAAGCAGAGCAAAAAUCAAGCAGAAGAUAUAAAAGAGAAAAACAAGAAACUCGAAAGUUCUAGUGAAAAGAUUUCUCAUCUAGAAGCCCGAGUUGAAAAUGAAUUGCAAAAUGAAAAUUUACUCUAUUUUAACAAUAAACCUUUACCUGCUUUACCUAUAGAAGAAGAAAAUGAUAUGGUUUGUAAAAGGUGUGAAGAAAAGUAUUGGAGUGAUGAAUUGUUAAAGUGCAAUAGAUGUGGUAGGUUACAAACUAAGUUAGAUUUUGAUAUUGUUACUGGUAAGAAUGUUUGUUACUGUAUUAGAAACAAUGAAGACUUGAAAGAGAAAGAACUUCUACUCUUACCUGAUGAAGAAAACAACUAA